AUGCCAAUCACACCAAAACACUUUGGAGUUGACAAGACUUUCAGCUCUUUCAAAACCUUCCACAUGAAACUCACCAUCUUGGAAGCUAAAAAUUUGAUCAACACUGAUUCUGGUAAAAAUGGUGACGUUUCUGAUCCAUACUGUGUUGCCUGGCUCGGAGGUAAAAAGAAGGAACAGUUCAAGACUCAUGUAAUUUCCAACUCAUUAAAUCCUGUCUGGAAUGAAACUUUUGAAAUUCCACUCGAUCACAAUCCAGAACAAUAUGUCCUAAUUUGUCAAUUAUAUGAUAAGGACAAAUUCACAGGAGAUGAUUCAUUGGGAUUCAUAGCAGUUUCACUUUCUACUCUCAAAUUGGAAGAGAAGAAACCAUUCGAAAUGUGGCUAAACUUGCAAGGAGUUCCAAAAGGAAGUUUACAUAUUCGAAUUGAACCUCUCAACUUUCAAAUUAAUGAUGGUUUCGUUGAUUCACUCUCUGAGAAUAUUCCACAAAUUGACUUGACCAACUUUUUAAAUGAAUACAAGAAUGAGAAGGGAAGAGGUUUCGCCAGUAGAGGAAGAAGUUUAAAAUCAAUUUUGAGUGGAAAUAUUUCAGAAAAGGAAUCUCAACGAUUGGAUAACUUGUUUGGUGUAGAGUAUUUGGAGGAUAUUUAUGAUGAAUUGAGAACUGGUGAUGUCUUGUUGCAUUCUGGAAAGGGAACUUUCUCAAAAGCUAUUCAAUUGGGAUUUUCAUCAACUUGGUCUCACUUGUCGAUUAUUAUUAGAAAUCCACCGAAAGAAUUAUUGGAAUUGUAUAAGGUUCAAGUUGAUGCUUCAUCAAGAUUUUCAACUGUUUUUGUUGCAGAAUCUGAAACUGAUACUGUGGACAAUAAGGAAGGUGGUGGAAUUCAAUUAGUAGAAUUGAGAAAGUGGUUUAUGGAUUAUUUGGAAAGAGAUCCAACUGAUUUGUGUUGUUUGAGAAGAUUGAACAUUCCUUCAAUGGAUAAUAGACCAAAGGAUGAGAAUAUUGUGGAUCAAUUCCCAACACUUGUUGAUUAUUUGAAGAUUUCCAUUGAUAAGAAAUACGAAACUUCAAAAUCUGAAUUAUUGAAAUGUGUCAUUAAGAGAAAUACUCAAUCCAAUGAUGCUAAUGUAUUCUGUUCUGAAUUUGUGGCUGAAUGUUAUCUUAGAAUGGGUUUAUUGCCACAAUACACAAUUACCUGCAAUUAUGGACCUCGUGACUUUAGUCAGGAAUCUAAUUUGGUUAAUACAGUUCUAUUGAAAGGAGCCAACUUGACAAAAGAAAAGAGAAUUCGAGUAAGAGAAUGGGAUGAAAAGAAUGAUUGGAAUGUUCAACCAUAA